AUGGCUCCUUUGUUGUCGUCAUGGGUUCAAGAGCGUCAUUUCCCUGACCUUCACAUCCCCAUCUCGAUAGACAGAUCUUUUCCGAUCCUUCCCGCAGGAGCAAUCAAGGCUCAAGAUGGGGAUACAUUGUAUCUCUCAAACCUCGAUGACAUAAUUGGAGCCCGAGUUUUCACCCCGACUAUUUACUUCUAUAAUGCAACCAAAAGUUCUUUUGAUGAUAUUGUGGCCAUUUUACGAGAUGCCCUAGCUAGGGUUUUGGUCCCUUACUACCCUUUCUCAGGUAGGUUAAGGGGGACUAGAAAUGGGAAGUUGGAAGUGUUUUUUGGGCCUAACCAGGGUGCGCUCAUGGUUCAGGCUCAUACCGAAUUAUCAUUGGAUUAUUUGGGUGAUCUUAAUGUUCCGAACCCAGCUUGGUCCAAUUUGGUUUACAAAUUCCCCGAUGAAGGUGAUUAUAAAGUUAUUGACAUGCCUUUGCUAAUAGCCCAAGUUACUAGGUUUAGUUGUGGCGGAUUUAGCAUUGGGCUAAGGAUUUGUCAUUGUAUUUGUGAUGGGCUUGGGGCUAUGCAAUUCCUUGGAGCUUGGGCCUCAACUGCAAAAACGGGCUCAUUGGUGAUAGAUCCGAAACCUUGUUGGGAUAGGGAGAUUUUUGCACCCCGUGACCCUCCCAUGGUUAAAUACCCUCAUGCCGAGUUUAUGAAGAUUGAUGAUGGUUCUAACUUGACUAUUAGUCUUUGGGAAGUGAAACCCCUUCAAAAGUGUUAUUGGCUUAGCCGAGAGUUCCAAGCCCAUUUGAAGAAUGUGGCUCGACCCACAGAUAGUUUGGGUUGCACCACUUUUGAUGCGAUGGCAGCUCACGUAUGGAGGUCAUGGGUCAAAGCACUUAAUGUGAAGCCUCUUGACUUCGGCUUACGUUUGACUUUUUCGGUCAAUGCUCGGUCAAAACUUAAAAAUCCACCGUUAAAAGAAGGAUUUUAUGGGAACGUGGUUUGUAUUGCAUGUGCCAAUAGCACUGUGUCGGAUCUAGUAAACGGGUCAUUACAAGAUGUGACCCGUUUGGUACGUGAAGCCCGACUAGGGGUUUCGGAAGAGUAUUUAAGAUCAACAAUUGAUUAUGUUGAGGUGGAUAGGCCUAGUAAGCUUGAAUUUGGAGGGAAAUUAACAAUCACCCAAUGGACCCGUUUCUCAAUGUAUGAGUCAUCAGACUUUGGGUGGGGUCAGGCCAUUUACGUGGGUCCGAUCGAUUUAACUCCGACACCUCAAGUAUGUGUACUCCUCCCUGAAGGGGUGGAUAAUUCUAAUGGUGCUAUGGUGGUUUGUAUUUGCUUGCCGGAGGCUGCCGCCCAUAGAUUCAAACAAUUAUUGUGUUUGAUGGAUACGUAG